CGAGGUGAUCGUUGUUCCGAGCCGCCUGGCGGAUCCGGAUGACGGCCGGUCAAAAUGGCAGCGCAGCAGCAGCAGCAGGCCGGCGGGGUGAUGGCCCAGCCCGGGAUGCAGCAGGCGGCCAUCCAGCAGCAGCAACAGCAGCAGCAACAGCAGCUGAGCCAACAGCAGGACUUUGACCCGGUCCACAGGUUCAAGAUGCUCAUCCCGCAGCUCAAGGAGAGCCUGCAGAAUGUAAUGAAGAUCGCUUCCUUGAAUUUGGGGCAUAACACAGCGAUUGACAACGGCAUAAAAAGCAGCGACACCUCUGUGCAGCGCUUCGACAAAAGUCUGGAGGAGUUUUACGCUCUCUGCGAUCAGCUGGAACUUUGCCUGCGGCUGGCGUACGAGUGUCUGUCCCAGAGCAUCGACAGCGCCAAACACUCGCCCAACCUGGUGCCCACCGCCACUAAGCCAGACACCGUGCAGACCGAGUCCCUGUCCUACGCCCAGUACCUCGGCAUGAUCAAGUCACAGAUCUCCUGCGCCAAAGACAUCCACAACGCUCUGCUGGAGUGCUCCAAGAAGAUCGCAGGGAAGGGACAGACGCAGGGAAUCAUGUAGACAUGGACUGACACACUUUUUGAGUUCGCUUUUCACGUUUGGGGAUGUCCCAUGUUUAAAUCUCAGUUGUUUUUUUUUUUUUUUUUUGGGGGGGGGGGGGGGGGGGGGGGGGGGGUUCUUUCUUUGCUGUUGAUACUUUUCUUUUGCUUCUUGUAAACAGUAUGUAAAUAUUCCUGUCAAAACGUCAUGACAGACAUUGACCAGCAGGUGGUGGCAGAGAGGUUGUAACUGCCAACUCAAAAUUCCCAAAUAUUUUUUAGCCUGUUUGUAUUGACUAUUAAAACCUUUCUACUGAUA